AUGGAAGCCCACCUCUCUGAUGACAGCAGUGCCCUCCUCCCCAUUCAGUACCCUGAGACAGAGAUAAACCCAGCUGGCUACACAUCCUGUGCGCAAGGUGGGAAGGAAAACACCAGGUUCAUAUCCUCAUCAGUCUGGUCAGACUCGAGCCCCCUCGUACCCCCAUUCAGGAUGGCUGAGGCACAUGUUUGCGAGGGCUACUACAGUGAUGACAUCCGCUUUGUGGAGCGCUUCACUUGUCCCCUGGACCCAGACAGCCCCGAGCACAUUUUCUGCUGUGGGUUUGAGGACAUGAAGUACUGCUGCAGUGAGCCGGGAAAUUACUUCCCCUACAAGCAUGCGUACAUGUGGACCCUGAGUAUCGGGGCGCUGGUCGGACUGGCUAUCGCGGCGCUCGUCCUCCUGGCCUUCGUCGUCAGCGUCUGCGUCCUCUGCGCCCUGUUUCUCCACAAGAAGCCACAGCGGCGGUUUGAUUCCGGACUCAAGUUGCACAUCCUAGACGGCUCCACAGAGAAAGCUUCAAAAGGCAAUGUGACACAGAGUAGCAUCACAAGUCAGAACUCCACAGAUGGGGAAGACCCUUCAACCAGACUGGGGAAAAGAAUUCAAGAGAGUGAAACGGCUAUUGUCACUCCGGUUGGGGAUACGAACAUAAUAAACCAAAUCUAAAAUAAAUAAUCAACAAAUAAUUAACACUGCAGUUCAGACUUUCUGCGGUUCCAGGAUGUGUGAACUCUUGUGUAAACUGAUAUAAUAACUGUUAUAUUAAAACACACGCAAGCACGCACACACACACACACACAGAUAUUGUCAUCAGUGAAAGGUUCAGUUGUUGUAGAAGGGUAUUAAUUAAAAUGCCAUUGUCUAUAACAUGCAGUAGCAUAAUAAUACAAUUGCAUUACAUUUAGAUUACAUUUAUUUAGUAGAUGCUUUUAUCCAAAGCAACGUACAAAAGUGCAUAUCAUGGUCAUCAAUGAACUGUGACUUUUGAGUGAAGCUUAAUGAACCCUACAAUUGCUUACAUAUCACUGAUUGAUUUGGACCAAUAAUAGUUUUAUUUGGAGAGCAAAGUCUUUGAUUGGUUCAUACAAGUCAUCCAUGAUCAUAGAGCCUCUCUUUGCCAUCACUGUAAUAUAGAUAAAUGUAAAAAUUGUGAGUUUCAAUACAGUUUUGGAGUACCUGUAAGAUUCAUUCUGUGGGACAUCUGAAAUUAUGGGAUUGUUUUAUUAGUUUUGAGUACUGAGUAUGUAUUUUGUCAAAAUUCAAAUAAAAAAACAAAAGUUUUCAGUUUAACUUUGUGUUUGAUGCAGUUAGCUAAAUAACAUAUUGGCAAUCAGCUGUAGGAUCAUGCCCACGUGCAGUCAGUUGAACUCCACAUUAAUUGUACUAUACACUCAAAAGACACCAAGCCAUUACUAGGGUGCUAAACUAGUUAUAUUUCAUCAUCCCAAAUGAAGGUGCCCUUACUACAAGUGUAGUUGGAUGAAAACUAUUUCUCAGGUCCUUGUCACCAUACAGAGGGGACUGCAAUCAUAUUGUGUGUACGUAUGCCAUUAAAUGUGAUUUGUGCCGAGCAGAACAAGCCCUGUGUAAUAACAUCAAAAGAAAUUCUGAUUAUUGUCGCCAAGGUUAUGGGAGGUUUCAGUCAGUUAGGGGUCACUGCUAUCUAGCUGACCCAUGCUGGUCGAUGAAGCACCACUGGGCUACAUGCUAAAGUGGCAUAUCACGAUCUUCCUCCGACUCCACUCUGUGCAAGCGUUGCUGUUUCAGAGAACUGUACUGGCAGCAUGAACAUGGCUGUGCUUGCAGAUAACUGAAUGUGCAAAAUUAGGGUGGGAAUUGAACAUGUACAGCCUCAUGUUGGGUGCCAAAUUUGUAAAAAGAAAGAAUAAAAAAAAAAAAUUCUACUCUACAGAAUGCUAAAUUUAUAUGAAUUAUCUGGAUGAAACACGUCAUUUUCACACCUCAGAGGGUUUCAAGACUGAAUAGACAAACAAAGAUGUGGCAUAAAAAUGUGUGAAAAAAUAUUUUUGUGUGAUACUCUCUGGGCUGGAGUGUUUUGUUGUCGUAGGUGAAGUCUCUGGCAACAAACAAUUGUGUUUCGUAGAAUGCAUUGGUGAAAACCUUUCAAGGAUGCAAUUCAAUGCUUUCAGUACAUCAUAAACUAUGAGGGUUCAGGCACUCAUAGGCACUCUUAGGCUACGGUUGGUGACAAGAGCA